AAAAGAAAGAAAAAUGGCCCUUCUUUAGCAAUCCCCUGCUUCCUGAAUGCCAGGCUUUCUGCAAACUCCUCUGCGGCGCCUUUUUCCUGUCUUGGGUUCACAUCCAAACCCUUUCUUCUUCUCUCCCUCCCAAUGUUCAGCUUCCAUUGUGCCAUUCCCUAGUUAGAACAUUAGCCCACGACACAACCCAAAAAGAAGCGCUCAUAGUCUCAUAUGGAGUACUCUGUUCAAGCAAUCCUCUGCUUCCUCUGCUUCACCACUUGCUGCGCUUUUACCUACGACGAUUCCCACGCAGGGAACUCCCCCGGCGCCGGUUUCGACGGCCUAGAACCCCAAUGGAAGUCCGCCACCGCCACCUACGUCAAACAAUCCGACGGCGGGUCCAUCUCUCUGGGGGGAGCUUGCGGUUACGGCGACGUCUUCCACUGGGUGACCUACGGGAUGUACAGCGCCGGCCUGAGCGCAAUGCUGUUCAAUCGCGGCCGCACCUGCGGCGCGUGCUUCCAAAUCCGGUGCGUCGACCACAUCCUCUGGUGCCGCCAGGGGAGCCCCGCCGUAACCCUAACCGCCACCGACUUCUGCCCGCCGAACUACGCCCUCCCUUCCGACUACGGCGGCUGGUGUAACUUCCCCAAGCAGCACUUCGAGCUCUCCGAGGCCGCCUUCGCCGAGAUCGCCGAGGUCGACAAGGCCGCCGACAUCGUCCCCAUCCAGUACCGGCGGGUGAAGUGCGGGAGCAGAGGCGGCGGGUUGAGGUUCACGGCGAGCGGGAGCCGGCAGUUUUACCAGGUCUUGGUUACCAACGUCGGCGGCGACGGCGAGGUGGUCGGGGUGAAGGUGAAAGGGUCGAGGACCGGGUGGAUUCCGAUGGCGAGGAAUUGGGGCCAGAAUUGGCAGUGCUACGUUGACCUGAUUGGUCAGCCGCUCUCGUUUGAGGUCACUACCAGUGAUGGCAAAACGCUUACCUCAUACAAUGUGGCACCGCCCAGCUGGCUCUUUGGUCAAACUUUUGAAGGGAAGCAAUUCUCUGGUUGAUUUUUUCCUUCUUCUUCUUGUGUUCUUCUGGGUUUGUGAAUUUGACUGGGUGGAGAAGAGUUGCUGCAGAAUGAAUGAAGGUGUUUUUGUGCUGGGUAAUGAACCAUGUUCCAUCUUUACUCGAAUUUCGACGAACUUUCG